AUGGAUGCUUUGUAUACAAAGUUGAUGAAAGCAUUGCUACCUGACUUUGAUGAUAGAGGAGACAACAAGAAAUAUAGAUCAUCUGCGUCAGCUAUCAGAGCACCAAGCAUGGAUGGCUAUGUUGAGAGGAGACUCACAGAGGUUCACUACUCGGCCAAAGACUACAAAUUCUGUGACAAGUUUAUUGCCAUCUUGAUAGCUGCCUUUUUACUUGUCAUCAUGCCAUACUUGCACAUUGGGGUGUUUUACUUGAAAAUCUGGGUCCCUGACAAGCCACCAGUAGACAGGCAGGGUUGUACCUGUUCUUGUUUCGAUACUGUCUUCAGAGGUCGCUAUGAAAUGCCAGGACUAGUGACCUACAAACAUGUCUAUUUUAAUGCCACUGCCAACACUUUCAAGAUCUGGGUCACAACUGUCGUCUUCUUCAUCCUGUUUUAUGAGAGCAUCAAGUAUCUGGUGAAUGUUUAUCGAACAUCCAGUUUCCGGAAAAUGUGGCUCCUCCUUUACAUCAUCAACUUGUACCCACACUACUACUCUUGGUGGAGCUUUUUCAGCUACUACAAUGAAGAGUUCUACACAUUUUUCAUGCACCACAUGUUCUUUUGUGUGACUGAGAUUUUCACUACAGCCAUUGUUCUCAACUUGUGCAACCAGAAAAGUGAGAUAAAAGCAUGGAAGAUGAUGAUGGUCCUGUCCAUAAAUUUAGUCCACAUUAUUGUCUCCGGCUCUGACCAGUUCAUUGCCCACGUCCUUCAAGGUCGAGGCACCGGAUUCCAGAACGCCAGAAACAUCGGCCUCAUGAUUCCGGACGUCUUCCACAUCCUCAUCCCGAGCUAUGAGUUCUACAAGUUUAUCAAGUACAAUGACGUUAAAAUGUCCGAGAUGUGUUACAAAGAAGAGAUUUUGCUGCUUAUUUUGUUUAUCACUCUCGGGGUAUUUUUCGGAAGAAUUUUGUGA